GCUCCUUGAAGACGCCGUGGCUCAGCGCCUGACCCCGGAAAUCAUCAUGUCUCUUGUCAACAAACUCGGCCGUCGUCUGGCAAAGAUGGAACUCAGUUAUCAGCAAGCCUCCUCCGGCGCCCGCCUUGCCUACGAGGCUACUUUUUGCAAACUACGUGCCCGCUUUCAAGACAAACUCGAAGAGGCCAAACAGCAUGUGAUCUCUUUGUGGGAGAAGUAUAAACGAGAGACAACUAAAAUCAUUCGACCGUUGCCACAGAGAGCUGAUGACACGGAGCUGACGCUCAGCCUACCCAACAGCCGUCAAUACCUGAACAAGGUCCUGGAUAGAGGGCCUCACGAUGCCUUCUCUGCCAAAGGACGUGCACCAAAGCGCAAAGAUUCCCAUAGAGGGCCAGUACCACAGAACCAAUAUCGAAAGGCAGCUGAUCACUAUUAUGCAUUGGCACAGCAGGAGGAUGCUCUCGCUUUUGCCUCUCCAUCCGUAGAAGACAGCGAUGAAAUUUCUUGUCUCUCAUUUGCAAACAAGAUCAGUCUGUAUUUGAUGAAGGUCACAGAUAGCUACAACUCGAACCCCGAGCAGAAGAGCAUAAUGAUCUUAACGGUCAUGCGCUUGUGGAUGCUCAUGGACCAGUGUGCCGUCAAUGCAUACCCUCUUCUCGCCGACUAUGACCCGGGAAUUCCAGCCAGGAUCCUGGACGUUUUGCAAUUGUCGUCCGCCGAAGAACUCAUCGAGUUGGAAAAGAUACAAGAAUACCUCCGCACUAGACUCCAGCGCUGCCAGAUCCGUGGGAGGACAAUUUUCGAAGACCCUUCGAAAGGGUGUUUUGCGGAAAGGUACUUCGAUAAUUCCAAACAUUCCUCGACUAUGGCCAAGACUCUUCAAGAAGUUCAAGAUGCCGCCAAAGAUGCACGGGAGAGGAAGCACACUGAAUGGCAAAAGCUCAGCGCCGAGUAUGACGAUUUGCAACGCCAGAUUAUGCAAUCGACUUGCAUGUGGAUCACGGAUACGUUCCAAAACAAACACGAUGACCGGAACUGCCGAAGAUGCUAUUUGGAGCGUACUGCAAACCGGAUGAGAAUAAACUCUCAUGAAGACCCUCUCCCGGAAAACCCUGUUCACGCAAAGGCAGUCAUAUUUGAGCUGCGUUGUCCCUCAGCGUUCCGACUUUAUCGAAACACGACAUGGAACAUAAUCGGGUAUUUGGGUCGGAGAAAACUGGUCGAGACACAGGCACCUCGGUUGCAUCUGUGCGAAUAUUCGGAGUUGCAGCCCUUCAUACGUUCACCGAAGAACACAGGAAUCUCGCUGGCGUCAACCACAAAGUCAUGGCUCACCACUCAUUACCGAACUGUCCGUCUACCAGCCAGCUGGGAGGAUAUUUGUUUCCCAAACGGUCUCAAGCUAGGUUAUUAUGAUUGGGAAACAAAGCUGUGGACUGGGCGCCAGACGGGUUCGCCGACCUUUGCCCAUCACUGUGAGAUGAUAGUCCAGCCGGAUUCUCCCUUUGCAGCGCUCCAUAAGCUGCCUCGGUUUUCAGUUGACUCUACGGGCCCGUCUUCAUAUGAGAUCAUUGCCAGCCAAACCCAGUGCCCAACUGGUCUGAAUUUGCACGAGUUCAUGGCUUAUCAAACCCUAUUUUCCGGAACCUCCCGUCGAUGGCUAUCUAUCCUCAUCGAGCUCGGCGCUUCCAAUUUGAAUUUCAGUGCCGAGGCUACAUCUCUGCUUGUUUCUCAACUGGUUCUCAUUGCUGGGCCAUCUCAUGACAGUGACUUUCUCAGGUCUACACAUCGCAUUCUGCGUGAUUCGACCUUCACGACCAAGUUGCUCGAUCUUGUCGAAACUCGGAUCAAGGGUAUAUCCUCGAGCUGGAGAGAGACGAACUGCAUGUCGAUGCUUAUCACUAUCCUGUUGCGCGUCAGAUCAGUGACUAACGGAGAUGCUGCUUCCUCAGCACUGAGACUGCUAGAACUAGCGAGAAAUGUGACUGCCGCUUGGGUUCGGAAACUUCGUUACGAGAUCCAUCGCUGCACAGAUCCUGCAAGUGCAGCAGCCUGUUCCCGCUACGGGCUAUGGGCAGCUUUGUUGUGUCGAAAGACAUUCUCUGUGUAUAGCCAUCCGCGAUCAACCGGCUGCGGGCUAGAUGCUCUUGCAUUUCGUGACUACAUCGAAUGCUCCGUGAUACUCCAAGAAAACAUGCCAAACAAUAUCACUGCACUACCAUUGUCGCUCAAGAAUGCGUUGGUUUGGGAUAUGAAGAUGGUCUUUCGUAUUCGCCACGUUCUGAGGGAUGCGAUACUAGCCUUCCCUGGUGACUUUGAACGCUCCAUAAAUGCUAGCUGGAAACGACUGGAAGCCAACCAAGAUACUGACAGCGCCUCGUUAUUUUUCUCGAACCCAAAGCCUUCAGAUGAUGCCAACAACUGGUGGAUAGAAUGGUCCACCCAUCCAGGGAAAGAAACACUGCCCCAGUCAAUCCGAUUCCAUCUCCUUGAAGGACAUCUGCUUAUUGAUGGACAGCCGCUAGGAAAGUUGCCUUCUAAGUACCGCGAAUCAAUGAUUCUAGAACAUCUGUUUGGCAAGCAAGCCUUGUUGACAUAUCCAUCCAACCUCCCUGGAAUGACUUACAUGCUUGCAUUUACCAUUAAAGAACAUCAUGUCCACUUCGGAGUUCGUGACGAACAACUUAUUGUACAAGCCUAUCGUGAGGAUACCGUUCUGGAGCUUGUCCUACCUGAUAUUUUCCGUGGUCCCAAAACUUGGGAUCUUCCAGCUACCUUAGUGGAUAACUGCUGCCAUUGGCUAAACUUGAGGAGCGGGAUUCUGGAGAUACGGCCUCGUCCAAAUAUAUGGAUUCCAAAACGGAGUAACUGGGCUCUUGAUGUCCGCAAUCGUCAAGCAUACCGUCGUGAAAGUUUGCUAGUUGAUCCUCAUAGCCGCCUGUUUUCUAAAAUCGCAUCAAUUUUCCAAGGCUUCGAACAUCCUAAGAACCUUACUGUCUUUCAACCGCCAAAGAAUCCACUCUCAGUUGAGCUUCGUCGCCUAGAGUUAUCAUUUUCUGUCAGAGGUCGAGGCUUCCUGCAUUGUCGCCAGCUCCGUUGCCAGAUCGACGAGAACCAGGACGCCGGGACAUGGUAUGGUCUUCGAAGCAAACUUGUCUUGUGCGAUGCAAGAAACCCUCAACAGCGAAGUAUCAUCGUUCCGAUGGGACCGGUCCAAUACUUCAAGCAUGGGUGCCACGUUGCAGUCGACGUCGUGAAUUGUGGGAAUUACGGCCGUUAUAUGAUCAACGACGUCUUGGGCCGCGUGGACUGCCCGGCUGAACCGCGACUUGUGUAUUCCAAAGUCAUGUUUCAUGCAUACACCUCUUUCGUUCUACCUGAUGCCUUGACCGGGACUACAGGCACAGAAGAGGCCCUAAGGUACUUGCGCUCUGGGCAAUGUCAGCCCUGGAGACCACUGACCUUGGGGCCACAAGAGUCUCUGGAGUUUAUCGCGCGGCUGACUCCUCGAAGGGUAUAUUACCCGGAAGAUAUGAAGGUAAUGCAACGGGUAUACUGGGAUCCCGAACUGACGGUCACGAUUCAGAACGAGCAGUAUCUAUCAUUGGUCAAAUCCAUAUGCGAGAAAUCACAGCGUCUGGCUUUGUUCUCCCUCGGAAAACAUGACAGGCUUGACGUAAAACUUGCAGAAACCUCAUCUCAUCUGAACACCCGCAGCACUGCCACAUCGGAACUCUUCCAACGGUCCGUAUCAAUGGAUGAGGAUUCAAUUGUCGAAGAUGCCCGUUACAGGACUAGGGCCCGUCCGAGAAUAAGCCAGGCGCGGCAGAACGUCUACGAAGUGGCAUCCCUGGUUCUCGAGUGGAAACAAGAGUUGUGCUCAGCGAGAAAUUUGGCAGCAGCUUUGCAAACCUGGCCUGCGAUCGGUGGCUAUGGAGAAUCUUUCAAUAAAACCCUACUCAGUGAUAUUUUGCAGGUUGACUUUGCCGUGGAAUGGGGUUCCCUGGCGAUGCUAUGUCGAUCAUUUUGCGAGAACGACAAAUUUCGGUUGAUGUUUCUGUUCGGUGUCAUGGCCUUUCGCGAUAAUGCGCCAAUGGAUAUUAUCCAUACACUUCUUGCAUUUGCCAUCCUGCAAGAUCUGAAGGGUGUCGUGUGUCCGGAAUGGCAGUCCUAUACGCACUUCCGAUACAAGCAAAUACCCAGCAUCGAAUACCUUGAGCAAUUGAUAAAGCCCUUCUGCAUUCCAUAUGCAGAUGAUGAACGUUCACUUUUCCCCGGUCAGAUUGCAUCCAAGAUGCGCCGCCAGCUCGAAAAGGCCGAGAAAGCUCACAACGAACAGGUGGAGGGUGACUGUAAACUCCUUGCCCAGUUGUUACACAAGCAAUGGCCUUGUAAGGAGCCAUCCCAGGGCACCCUACCCGAGGGCUUGUUGGUCCAUAUUCCUCAGGCUCUAGCUGUCAUACAGCCAGAAUGGCUGCGCCUAUUCCAGAACUUUGAAUUCUCACGCCACAUUGACCAAGUUCAAGGCAUUCUGGAUCGCCAUUGGAGCGACGUGACCAUGAUUCUUCCCAAGCCAGCAUCAGCCAGAGCUGCCCCCAAUAUGAACCGUGGAAAUUAUUCGUUGCCGACACUGCCGCAAAUCCUCCUGGGAGCUGGUGAUCGUGUAGCCGAGGUUGGAAAACAAGUCGGCUGUGCUGGGGAGAACAGAGUGCCCUCUGUGAUCACUGGAGCACACAAGAAGACAAGUUCAUUUUCAGAGAGGCCACAAGACCUUCAAGACAUCAAAGAGCUGGGGAAAAUCAUUUAUCGGUUUACAAACUCUGACUCGUUAUUGGAGAGAAAAUAUGGCGAAGAUCUUCAGCAAAGUUUAGAUGCCCUGAAACGAGUUAGACGGACGUCUCCGAAAGAGAGUCUUCUUUCUUCUCCAAAUGAGCCUUUCAUAAUGACAUUCGCUGCACAGUCGAGAGUGGAAAGUGCCUUCGAGCAGAUAUCAGCUCUACUCGAGGAGAACAAUGUCUGCGCGAGGUGGCUGAAAGCUGCUAAUCUCUGGCCUUGUAUUACACCAGUGACUCUGCUGGAACAGCUGCGAUCGACAUCAAAGAUUGAGGUAAAAGGCUGGAUUAAGGACCUUAUCAUGGAUUAUGCACUUUCCAUCACCGGACUACAACGUCUUCUGCGAAUCAGGGACGCCAGUAUCAAAAACGAUAUGCCGCACGUGUCAGAAGAAGAGCGCAACGCUGGCCAUGCAAACUGGGAUCCGGCAAAGCACACGGACUGGCUUCUUCUGGAGAUUGAUAGCAACAUCCUCAUUCGAGAUAUCCAGAUCGAAGUCGCGAUGGCAAUGAUGUCACCAGCCUCCGGACGCAAUUCGGCAUUACAAAUGAAUAUGGGGCAGGGCAAAACAUCAUGCAUCAUACCGAUGAUCAUUGCAGAGCUUGCAGACACCCAGAGACUUGCCCGAGUCGUUGUUCCAAAAGCAUUACUUGUACAAACGGCCCAUCUGCUUCAGACUCGCCUUGGGGGACUGCUCGGCCGAGAGGUCAGCCAUAUCCCCUUCUCACGGAAGACGCCGACAAAUUCAGAUACUAUGAAAGUGUAUUUCCAGCUGCACAAGGAUAUCAAAAGAUCCUCUGGGGUUAUUAUAACGUUGCCAGAGCAUGUCUUGUCGUUCAAAUUGAGUGGGCUGCAACGCUUGUCCGACAAACAACUUCAAACCGCAAACCAGAUGAUCAAGGUCCAGAGUUGGAUGCAGAGAGUCUGUCGCGAUAUAUUAGAUGAGUGUGACUUUACGCUCUCUGCUCGGACACAGUUAGUCUAUCCUUCAGGAACUCAAGCGACGGUCGAUGGUCACCCCCACCGGUGGGAAGUUGCGGAGACAUUGCUACAUGCUGUGGAGAGUCAUCUGUGGAAUCUCCAUGAACAGUAUCCCUACAGCAUCGACGUUGUGCAUCGACGCCAGGGCGGAUUUCCCAUGGUCUUUUUCCUCCGCCAGGAUGUUGAAGAGGAGCUGCUUACACGACUAGUAGGUGAUAUUCUGGAUGGACGGGUUCUUCUCUUACCGACAUCAGAAUGUACCCAAAUGGAGCUUCAAGUUAUCCGGCAAUUCAUCUCGGACGAUAUCAUCCCACCGGCUGCGCUAGAGAUUGUGGAUCAUCUAUUCUCUGAUAAACCUGCAGCUCGGCAGGUUCUGUAUCUUCUGCGAGGACUCCUAGUUCAUCGAAUCCUUCUUUUGACAUUGAAGAAGCGAUGGAACGUUCAAUACGGGUUAGACCAUCGUCGGGAUCCAAUUGCUGUGCCAUAUCACUCGAAAGGUGUACCGUCCGAUCAAGCUGAAUGGGGUCAUCCGGAUGUUGCGAUCCUUCUGACGUGUCUGGCGUUCUAUCUUGGAGGACUAGAUUGCAGCCAGCUGCAACAAAGUCUGGAGCAUGUCUUGAAAUCCGAUGACCCGGCGAGUGGGUACGAUCGCUGGACCCAUCAGUGUAACGAUCUACCGGACUCUCUCCGGGUGUGGAAUAUCAUCAACGUGGAGGAUUCGGUGCAGAUGCAGGAGCUCUGGAAAUACCUCCGGUAUAAUAUGGUUGUCAUCGAUUACCAUCUCAACCACUUUGUCUUCCCGGCACAUGCAAAACAGUUUCGGUUCAAGCUACAAGCGUCCGGAUGGGAUAUUCCACUCUUCUCGGCGGACGGAGAAGGGGACUUGACGACAGGAUUCAGUGGUACCAAUGACAACCGGGACAUGUUACCACUCACCAUUCGACAGGAUGACUUGCCGGGACUUCAGCACACCAACGCCGAGGUGUUGACGUAUUUGCUUCAAAAUCGCAACACGGGCUACAUGCUUGCGGCAGACCGGAGUGGCCGGCAUAUCACUGAGAUCGGAUUACUAGAGAAGCUAGCAAAUAAGAAGAUUAGAAUUCUUAUUGAUGCUGGUGCUCAGAUCUUGGAGAUGGACAACUACAGCCUGGUCCAGGCUUGGCUGAAGAUUGACUAUGAAUGUCCGGCCGCAGUUUUCUUCAGUCACGACAACAAACCCUUCGUGUUGUACCGCCAAGGAUCCAUGGUCCCUCUUGUCGCUUCACCCUUCGCCGAGGACCUUACAGGAUGCCUGGUUUACCUGGAUGAGGCUCAUACCCGGGGCACAGACCUCAAACUUCCAUCAAAUGCCUGUGGAGCAUUGACCCUGGGAUUGGGCCAAACCAAGGACCACACGGUUCAAGCAGCCAUGAGGCUUCGCCAGCUUGGAACCACCCAAAGUGUGACCUGGGUUGCCCCGCCGGAGGUUCACCAGAGCAUUCUUGAUUUGCAGGGAAAGGGUCAGGAUGCUCGAUUAUCGUCCUUUGAUGUGAUUUGUUGGCUUCUAAAGCAGACGUGUAGAGGUAUCGAGCAACUGCAGCCAUUGUACUUCUCUCAAGGGCUGGACUUUUGCCGACGCACUGAGGUUGGUUUGACCAACAAUGACUUCCUCAACAAUGAAGGCCAGAGAAAAGCCUAUCUCACCAUCCUGCGGUGUUCCGAACAACAGACCCUUGAAGAGCUGUAUGGACCAAAGAACUCUGCGAAAUCGACGCCUGGUCAAAAAUUAGCAACUUCACAGCUGAAGGAGUAUAUGAAGGAGCUUCAGACCCGGAGGAGGGAAUUUCAAGACUUUGGAAAUGCCGUGCAUGGCUCAGUGCUCCAAGAAGUCGAGCAAGAGCGUGAGGUGGCGUUUGAAGUUGAAGCAAUCCGCCAAGUGCAGAAGCCGGUUCACUACACAGCCCUACGCUUCCCUGGCAUUGAUGAUGGCCUUCUUCAAUUUGCAAAAACUGGCCGUUUGACCCCCGACGGUAAUGGCCUGGAGCCUGCCUAUACCGCACUCUCAGAGACCGAUGUAGGCCAAGAAAUGAAAAUCAACAAGGCUUUCUUUGCUGGAUCAAAACUGUUUGUCUCGAAGCAAUUCCGCAGGACAGUCGAUCUCCCCUUGGGCCGGUUGAACGAUAACAUGCUGCGCCCUGUAAACUGGUUACUAUGGAGCCCCGUGACGAAAGUGGCAGUUAUCCUGAUUCCUGAAGAAGUUGAAGCGCUGUUGUCGAUCCUAAACGAAUCGAGAGAUACCGCUGCCCCCACCCAUCUACUCACAUAUUCGGCUCCAGCGACACGGGGUAUGCUCCCAUUCAACAGUUUGAAAUACUACGCCAUUCCUCCGUUGCCUGCAAGCUGGAAGGCUCCCACCUGGCUCGCCAUUGAGCUGGGUAUCCUGGCUGGACGUCUGUACUUUAGCUUUAGCGAAUAUGCCAAUAUCUGCAACUAUCUACGGAUUGAAACGCGGGAGGAGACUGGGAGGAAGGAUGGUGACGUGAUGAUGCUCUCUGACGAUGAAGAGGGCUUCGAGGGAGGCAGCCCGAAGAAAAAGGGAACGUUUACCGCGAAACCCCUGUCAUUUCUACAGAAGUGGCUGUCAGUCCGACGUAAGGGACAGGACUUUGUGCACACACCGAUGGGGUACGUGUGUCAGGGCAAGUUGUUGACCGAGUCUCAUCCAUUCUUUGGAGGUGCCGUGCAACGUGAGGAGAGUGGAGGAAGAGGAAGGGGAUACAGGAACACGCCCAUGGAGAUAAAGGAGAUCGAGGAACAGGAGGAGCACAUGGGCAGUGACUAUGAGAUGGAUUAA